UGGAGAGUUCCGCGUUAGCGGAAUAUUGCACCACUGUGUAAUGAGAAUAUCUCGGCUAAAAUCUACAAACAUCGCGGAAAUGUGAUAUAUUCACUUGUCAUUACUGAAACACUUAUUUAGAUAAGGUAUCCAACAAACUUUUCCACGAUGUAUGGACAAGAUGAAGAGAUGGAGGACGAGACUGAUGAUAUCACUCCCGAUCUCUGGCAGGAAGCUUGCUGGAUUGUCAUCAGCUCAUAUUUUGAUGAGAAGGGAUUGGUAAGGCAACAGCUGGAUUCCUUUGAUGAGUUCAUCCAGAUGUCUGUACAGCGUAUUGUGGAAGACUCGCCGCAGAUAGACCUACAGGCUGAGGCACAGCACACGUCAGGCACUAUAGAAACCCCUCCAAGAUAUCUUCUAAAGUUUGAACAGAUUUAUUUAUCAAAGCCAACUCAUUGGGAAAAAGAUGGUGCGCCAAGUCCCAUGAUGCCUAAUGAAGCGAGACUCCGAAAUCUAACGUACUCUGCCCCUCUGUAUGUGGACAUCACUAAAACUGUGGUGAAGGAGGGGGAGGACCCCAUUGAAACCACUCACCAAAAGACAUUUAUUGGGAAAAUACCCAUCAUGUUACGUUCUACAUACUGUUUACUGAGUGGGCUCACAGAUCGUGAUUUGACAGAGUUAAACGAAUGUCCGCUCGAUCCAGGAGGAUAUUUCAUCAUCAAUGGAUCAGAAAAAGUACUCAUUGCUCAAGAGAAAAUGGCAACAAACACAGUGUAUGUAUUUCAACAGAAAGAUUCAAAGUAUGCUUUUAAGACAGAAAUUCGGUCGUGUUUGGAGCAUUCUUCUAGACCUACGAGUACACUGUGGGUGAACAUGAUGGCUAAAGGAGGAGGGGGAGCCAAGAAGAGUGCCAUAGGACAGAGAAUCAUCGGUAUUCUGCCGUACAUUAAACAGGAGAUUCCUAUCAUCAUUGUGUUCCGAGCCCUGGGCUUUGUGUCAGACAGAGACAUUCUGGAACACAUUAUCUACGACUUUGAUGACCCAGAGAUGAUGGAAAUGGUGAAGCCCUCUCUUGAUGAGGCAUUUGUGAUACAGGAGCGAAAUGUGGCACUCAACUUCAUAGGGUCUCGUGGUGCUCGGCCAGGUGUGACAAAGGAAAAGAGAAUCAAAUAUGCACGGGAAAUUCUGCAAAAAGAAAUGUUACCUCACGUUGGUGUCAGUGACUUCUGUGAGACCAAGAAAGCUUACUUCCUGGGGUACAUGGUACAUCGCCUGCUUCUGGCUGCCCUGGGUCGGCGUGAGGUGGACGACAGAGAUCACUACGGCAACAAGAGACUUGACUUGGCUGGACCCCUACUUGCUUUCUUGUUCAGAGGAAUGUUCAGAAAUCUAAUGAAGGAGGUAAGAAUGUACUCGCAGAAGUUCAUCGACAGAGGGAAGGAUUUCAACCUAGAGCUAGCAAUCAAGACUCGAAUCAUUACAGACGGUCUCAAGUACUCUCUGGCUACAGGAAACUGGGGUGACCAAAAGAAGGCUCAUCAGGCUAGGGCUGGAGUAUCUCAGGUGUUAAAUAGACUGACAUUUGUGUCAACCUUGUCACAUUUGCGGAGACUGAACUCUCCCAUCGGCCGAGACGGUAAAUUGGCCCGUCCACGACAGCUACACAACACACAGUGGGGAAUGGUGUGUCCUGCUGAAACUCCUGAGGGAGGUGCUGUAGGCCUGGUGAAGAACCUUGCCCUGAUGGCUUACAUCUCUGUCGGCUCUCAGCCCUCACCCAUCCUUGAGUUCUUGGAGGAGUGGAGUAUGGAAAACCUGGAGGAGGUUGCCCCAUCAUCUAUACAGGAUGCUACGAAAAUAUUUGUGAAUGGUUGCUGGGUGGGGAUACACAGAGAUGCUGAGCACUUGAUGAACACACUGAGAAAACUGCGCAGAGAGAUGGACAUCAUUGUGUCCGAGGUGUCCAUGAUCAGAGAUAUCCGCGACAGAGAAAUCCGGAUUUAUACAGAUGCUGGAAGGAUCUGUCGACCCUUACUUAUUGUUGACAAUCAGAAACUUCUGUUAAAACAGAGUCACAUAAAACAGCUUAAACAGAAGGAAUACAACAGUUACAGUUGGCAGGAUCUGGUGGCUAGUGGGGUCGUUGAGUACAUCGACCCCCUGGAGGAGGAGUCCAUUAUGUUGGCUAUGACUCCUGAUGACCUUUCUGAGGACAAGGACGUUCAGUACUGUUCUACCUAUACUCAUUGUGAGAUCCAUCCGGCCAUGAUACUCGGCGUGUGUGCCUCCAUCAUCCCAUUCCCUGAUCACAACCAGUCUCCACGUAACACCUACCAAUCUGCUAUGGGUAAACAGGCCAUGGGUGUGUAUAUCACCAACUUCCACGUGAGGAUGGACACUCUGGCCCACGGACUCCUGUACCCACAGAAACCUCUAGUCACUACUCGCUCCAUGGAGUAUCUCCGCUUCAGGGAGCUUCCAGCAGGUAUCAACACAGUUGUCGCCAUUGCGACCUAUACAGGAUACAAUCAGGAGGAUUCCGUCAUUCUGAACGCUUCUGCUAUUGAACGAGGCUAUUUCAGAUCCUUUUUCUUCCGAUCCUACAAGGAUGCAGAGUCAAAGAAAGGACUAGACCAGGAGGAGCUAUUUGAAAAGCCCGACAGAGAAAACGUUCAAGGCAUGAGGCCAGCCAUCUAUGACAAGCUAGAUGAAGAUGGUAUCAUAUCUCCUGGACUUCGAGUAUCCGGAGAUGACGUACUGAUUGGCAAGACCAUGACCUUGCCACCCAAUGAUGACGAGCUUGAUGCCACUGCAAGAAGAUAUUCCAAGCGAGAUGCCAGUGUGUUCAUGAGAAGGAGUGAGACUGGAAUUAUUGAUCAGGUGAUGGUCACUAUUAACCAGGAAGGCUACAAGUUCUGUAAGAUCCGUGUGCGAACGGUAAAGACACCUCAGAUUGGAGAUAAGUUUGCCAGUCGACACGGUCAGAAAGGAACUUGUGGAAUCACAUACCGACAGGAGGACAUGCCAUUCACAUGUGAAGGAAUCACCCCUGACAUCAUUAUCAACCCCCAUGCUAUCCCCAGUAGAAUGACCAUUGGCCAUUUGUUCGAAUGUUUACAAAGCAAAGUAGCGGCCAACAAGGGGGAGAUAGGAGACGCCACGCCCUUCAACGACGCUGUCAACGUACAGAAAGUGUCGAACCUGCUCCACCAGUACGGGUAUCACCAGCGUGGAAACGAGAUUUUGUACAAUGGUUUCACUGGGAGGAAGCUGAAUGCCCAAGUGUUCCUUGGACCGACCUACUACCAGCGUUUGAAGCAUAUGGUGGAUGACAAGAUUCAUUCCCGAGCCCGUGGUCCCCUUCAGAUUCUCAAUAGGCAGCCUAUGGAGGGCAGAGCCAGGGAUGGUGGUUUGCGUUUCGGAGAAAUGGAGCGUGAUUGUCAAAUUGCCCACGGAGCUGCACAGUUCCUGCGUGAGCGUCUGUUUGAGGCGUCGGAUCCCUACAGGGUACAUUUGUGUAACUUCUGUGGAAUAAUUGCCAUAGCUAAUCUACGUAACCAGACGUUUGAGUGCCGAGGAUGUAAGAACAAAACACAGAUCUCACAGAUCCGUAUUCCGUAUGCCUGCAAGCUUCUGUUCCAGGAGCUCAUGUCCAUGAGCAUUGCUCCGCGUAUCAUGGUUUUGGCACAAUAGACAGAAAGCAGUGAUGAUCAUAAGCAUUGUGUGGAAGACUCCUACGAAGUUGUGUUGAUCGUCACGUGUCACAUUCAGAUUGAAGUGACAGGGAGAGCCCUAUCUCAGUAUUUAUUGACUUGUAUAUAACAGACUGGUGCAGUACAGUAAGUGAGAGCGACCACACCAUAUCAUUGUGUAAAUAGGAGAGGUCACUACGUGUGUGUACAUAGCAAACUCAUUCAGUGUGAAAGUGUUGUAUGUUUGAAACAUUGAUCAUGCUAUUUUACAUUUAUCAUGUCAGUUCCUCAUCAUAUCGAAGGCCUGGACAGCUUUAGAAGGAGUUCAUUUGUAAAUAUGUGUGUAUAAAAGCUUUCAAGAAAACCUGAUCGUUGCCCUUUAUUGAAGGACAAAAUAUUGUCCUUAUCACGUGUCUUUAUAAUGCAUGUCAAAACAAGUUUACAAAAUGUGAAGGACUUGAUGCAGUGUUAAGUGUGUGUUCCCUUAAAGAGAGUGAGAGAAACGAAGGUUUGGAACUAGUGUAAACUGUGGAUUUCCUUUUUAAUAAUGUUUAAACGAACUAAGUAAAGAAGCGGAGUUGACUGGAUUGCCUUAACAGUCAGAACCAAUUAACAACGGUGUUGGUUAGAUUUCCUGAGAAAUGUCACAGGAACUAAGGUAAGGAACUGCAGUGUGUUGUAGCCCUAAAAAGGUCGGAGAAACCCAUAAAGGAGUUACAAGGUGGUUGGAUGUAUUGUCGAAAUAAAGUAUUGAUAUGUAA